AUGGGUGGGUACAAUACAACCUCUUCCUCUGACUUCAUCCUUGUGGGGCUCUUCAGCAACAGAGAAACCUCAGGCCUCCUUUUUGUUAUUGUCUGUUCUAUUUUCUUCACGGCCCUGGUGGCCAAUGGGAUCAUGAUCUUCUUAAUCUACACAGACCUCCACCUCCAUACACCUAUGUACUUCCUGCUCAGUCAUCUUUCCUUCAUUGACAUGAUGUAUAUCUCAACCAUUGUGCCCAAGAUGCUUGUGGACUACAUAUUGGGACUGACGACCAUCUCCUUUGUGGGAUGUACAGCUCAGCACUUCUACCUUACUUUAGUGGGGGCUGAAUUCUUUCUGUUAGGCCUCAUGGCCUAUGACCGUUAUGUAGCCAUUUGUAACCCUCUGCGCUACUCCAUCCUAAUGAAUCGAAGGGUCUGUCUUAUGAUCAUAGCUGGCUCUUGGUUUGGUGGUUCUUUGGAUGGCUUUCUACUCACCCCCAUCACAAUGAGCUUUCCCUUCUGCGAUUCCCGAAAGAUCAAUCAUUUCUUCUGUGAAGCACCUGCUGUGCUGAAAUUAGCCUGUGCUGAUACGGCUCUCUAUGAGACUGUGAUGUAUGUGUGCUGUGUACUGAUGCUACUGAUUCCCUUUUCUGUGGUAAUUGCCUCCUAUGCUAGGAUUCUCACUACUGUACAUCGUAUGAGCUCAGUGGAAGGAAGAAAGAAGGCCUUUACCACCUGUUCUUCACAUAUGACAGUAGUGACUCUAUUCUAUGGUGCAGCCAUGUAUACAUAUAUGUUGCCCCAUUCAUACCACACCCCAGCCCAGGACAAAAUUCUCUCUGUGUUCUAUACUAUCCUUACUCCCAUGCUUAAUCCCCUCAUCUACAGCCUGAGAAAUAAGGAUGUGGCUGGAGCCAUGAAAAGGGCCGUGGGGAGAUGUAAAGCUUCACAAAGGGUGGCAGGUACAUUCUAA